GUGCCCGUCAGAUAAAACACAUGCAGGCGACUGGCGCCGAAAUUGCCUUUACAAUGGCAGUAACUAAACAGGACCAACUGUCAGGACCCCGCUCACAUCAGGAUGCUGGCUUCAGAGAGAGGUCGAACGUGAUGGCGUGAUGAUGUUUAUGUUGGUUCAGCAUCCUACAAAUGGUUUUUGCCACUGAGAGCUUGAGAGAUAACGCAGUCCAAAUAUGGCUUCACGGGGGAAGCGCCAAGGUCAUGAUCGACUGGUCCAAUGUGACGGCGUCCGGCCAUCGGGAGCUGGGCCUGAAACCCGAGGAGCUGCAGAGGUCCAAAUGUGUCCUGGGCUUCAUCCCCGUCAUCUACUACAGCAUCCUGCUCUGUGUCGGAGUACCAGUGAACAUCCUCACAGCAGUGGCGUUGUCCAGACUGGCGUCCCGCACUAAGAAGUCUCUGUACUACUACCUGUUGGCGGUGACCGGCUCUGAUAUUCUCUCCCAGCUAUUCAUCAUCUUCGUCGGUUUCCUCCUGGAGACGGCAGUGUUUCACCGUGACGUCCCUGCGCUCCUGCUGCACUCUGUCAGCGCUGCCGAGUUUGCCGCCAACCACGCCUCCAUCUGGUCCACCGUACCCCUCACUGUGGACCGCUAUGUGGCGCUGUGCCAUCCCCUCCUCCACCGCCAGAUCAGCUACCCAGCCCGGGCCAGGAAGAUCAUCGCGAUGGUCCUGUUGUUAUCGCUCGUAUCGGGCGUGCCCUUCUUCUGGUGGUCGGACAUGUGGAGGAACAGCCACCCGCCCACGGCGCUGGACACCGUCCUCAUAUGGACUCAUGUGACCAUCAUCUACUUCCUGCCCUGUAGCAUUUUCUUGGUGCUGAACUCUCUGAUAAUCCACACACUGAGGGUGAGGCAGAGGCAGCAGCGAUGCGAAGAGGAGCGUGGACCAAAGUCUGCUCCUCCUCGGCGACUCGGGAAGACCACAGCCAUGCUACUCGCCAUCACCUCCGUGUUCUCUGUGCUGUGGGCUCCCAGGACAGUCGUGGUCAUCUAUCACCUGUACGUGUCCUCAGUUCACAGGGACUGGCGCGUCCACCUGGCGUACGACCUGUCCAACAUGCUAGCCAUGCUCAACACGGCUGUGAACUUCUUCCUCUACUGCUUCGUCAGUAAACCUUUCCGCAGCGCCGUGCGGGACGUCAUGCUGCUCAGGGGGGGCCCUCUGUAUCCUCACCGCGCUCUGCCACAACAGCAGGCCCCCACCAACGCCUCCAUCUCCUCCCUGUACAGUGGGAACAACAAGCGCUCUCAGCGAGACUCCACCCCCCUGUCACCUCGCAGAGCCAGAAAGCCCUCUUGACCCGGCGCCCCUUCAACUUAAUCCAAAACACCCAUCAUCCCACGGUCCCCGAGUACUUCUGACCCCAGGGACGAGCACUCCAUUCCAGCUACGACCGUGGACAGCUGCCAGUCAGCCCCGGGGUUUUCUCAAGGGCCCUCAAAUGAACUCACAAAAAGUAUGUUUUUUGUAUUACAUUAUGUCGCUGCGUGUUAUUUGUCCAUGUAAAUCAGAUACAAUGACAGCAUAUUUAUUUUUUGUCAAAAUAAGCGUAGGUUUUUGGUAUUCUUUCUUUUCCAUACAUGGUUGUAAUGUGACUGAAUUUUUUUUUUUUGCAUUGUUACGAGAAAAGAAGAAAAGCAAAACAGUCUGUUUCCUCUGUGAGUAAAUCAGUUGUUAAAAUCA